AGAAGAUGAAAACCAAAAACCUUUUGCUGUCACAAGCACAAGUGUCAUUGAUAACUCACUAAAGAAAAAUUCAAAAUCAAAUAUUUAGUUUCCAAAAAAAAUGAGGAAAAUUGAUAAGAAAUUAAAAAAAUUACAACAUGUUGUUUUGAAAGAAACUGGUAUAACUUGCAAUUUGACACCUUCAAAGAGCUUGGUGAUAGCUAAUGUUGGUCUAGUCAAUGGUUUGACUGAAGAAAUAAUUUAUGAACAUUUCUCCAAGCAUGGAAUACUGGAGAAUAUAAAAUUAUUGCCAGGAAAGUCAUGCUGUUUUCUUUCAUACAGAAGCAAAGAUUCUGCUAUUCAGGCAUUCAAAAGCUAUAAUGGGGUGCUCAAUAUUGCUCAGAAUGAAAAACCAAUUUAUCUGUUAUAUGCAGAGGCUUUCCCAAUAGUGCAGUCAUUUAAAUUGUGGAAUAAUACUCCUCCUGGAUUGAUAAUCAUGGACAACUUCAUUUCAUCAGAGGAGGAGCAAAAUUUGAUACAACUUUGCAAUUUUGAAUCAAAUUCAGCUAGUUCAAUGAAACAUCGUCAAGUCAAACAUUUUGGAUUUGAAUUUAGAUAUGACAAUAACAAUAUAGAUAAAGACAAACCACUGGAACAUGGCAUUCCCAAACAGUGUGACUUUUUGUGUGGUAGAUUACAAAAUACAAUUUUCAAAGAUUUUUGUCCUAACCAAUUGACAGUGAACCAUUACAGUCCUGGUCAAGGUAUACCCCACCAUAUAGACACUCACAGUGCAUUUGAGGACCCCAUAAUGUCACUUUCUUUACAGUCUCCAGUGGUUAUGGAGUUCAAGAAGGCAAACCAGCACAUGUGUGUUCUUCUUCCUCAAAGGUCACUAGCUAUAAUGUCUGGAGAAUGUAGAUAUGAUUGGACACAUGGCAUAACUCCCAGAAAAUAUGACAUAAUUAGUGUAAAUAAUGGCUUAACUACCUUAGAACGUGGCACAAGGAUAUCAUUCACAUUCAGGAAAGUCCUUGAGGGGAAUUGCAAUUGCUCUUAUAAAGCUAAUUGUGAUUCAUUCCAAGAACAAAUAGCUGAAUCAAUAAUUGGAGAUAGAGCCUCUGAUUUGGAGCAAGAGCAUGUUCAUAAGGUGUAUGAGCACAUAGCAUCACAUUUCAGUGAUACUAGACAUAAACCUUGGCCAAAUGUGCUAGAAUUUGUGAAUUCCUUUGAUUCUGGGUCAAUCUUGGUAGAUGUGGGAUGUGGAAAUGGCAAAUAUCUCAAACACAACAAGAACAUUUUUGAUAUAGGCUGUGACAGAAGUUUUGGGCUUGUUGAUGUUUGCAAGGAGAAUGGGUUUGAAGCAUUUAUAGCAAAUUGUCUAAACUUACCUCUGAAAGAUGGUUCUGCAGAUGGUCUUAUAAGCAUAGCUGUAAUUCAUCAUCUAGCAACAGAAGAGAGGCGCUUUCAAGCAAUCCAGGAAAUGGUGAGAAUUUUGAAAGUGGGAGGAAGAGGACUCAUUUAUGUAUGGGCCAAAGAUCAAUUCAAAGGAUCCAAGAAAAGCAGCUACAUUAAACAGGAUAGAAAAAACAGAAUUGAAUCAACUGAAAAUGAAAGCAUGUCCCAUGAAAGUAAUAAGGAAAUGACUGUUCUUGAUGGCAUAUCUCUUCCAGUUCAUGUUAAUAGGACUCAGUUUAAACAUCAGGAUGUUUUGGUGCCUUGGAAAUUAAAGGGUGAUAACAAAGAAAAAGAUGUAUUCCUUAGAUAUUAUCAUGUUUUUGAAGAGAAUGAACUUAGAAGUUUAUGUAAAAGGAUGCCCAAUGUUGCUGUAAUUAAAAGCUAUUAUGAUCAAGUAUCAUAUGCGGAAGUUUUUAAUAAAUGUAAUAAGCUGGAGAAGUAUCUUGUGAGAAAAAAAUAUUGUUCUUACAACCCAGAUGAAGUUUUAGAUGUGGCACAAAUAAUUGCAAGACAUGGUUAUAAGUCUGAAACUCAUGUGGUGGUGACUGAAGAUGGGUAUAUAUUGAAAGUACACAGAAUUCCAGGAUCAAAAGAAGGAAAACAAAUAAGACAGCCUAUAUAUUUACAACAUGGCCUAUUGGGAAGCAGUGCAGAUUGGAUUAUAAAUGGAAAUAAUUCUCUAGGAUUUCUUUUGGCUGAUGAAGGAUAUGAUGUUUGGUUGGGAAAUGCUAGAGGAAACACAUAUUCUAAAGCACAUACUUCAAUUCCCGUUACUAAUCCAAAAUUCUGGAAUUUUAGUUUUCAUGAAAUGGGCUCAACAGAUUUGCCAGCAGUUUUAUACUACAUCAAUAAUACUACUAGCCGACCUGGUGAAAUAAUUUAUAUUGGCCAUUCCAUGGGAACAACCAUGUAUUUCAUAUUUUCCUCCAUGUAUCAACAGGCGGCAAAAAAUGUGAAGAUGAUGAUUGCCUUAGCACCUGUUGCAUAUAUGGCUAAUAUUAAAUCGCCUAUCAAAUAUCUAGCCCCGUUUUCUGGAAAUAUAGAAUGGUUGACUAAACACUUGGGAUUUAACCAGUUUUUGCCAAACAAUAAAAUAAUGAGGAUUUUAUCAUACCAAUGCGAACUCUUCAAUUUGAACACAGAAAUUUGCGAAAAUUUGAUUUUUGCUAUUUGUGGAUUUGACAAGGAAGAAUUCAAUGAGAAAAUUCUGCCUGUUGUACUCAGCAAAGAUCCAGCUGGAACUUCAACAAAAACAAUGGUACAUUUUGCCCAAGAGAUAAAAAAUAAUGGCAACUUCCAACAAUUUGACUAUGGUUCUAAACAAAAUAUGAUUGAAUAUGGAACUAUGGUGCCACCAAAUUAUAAUGUCAGCAGCAUAAAAACACCAAUAUAUCUGAUGUAUGCUAUGAACGACUGGUUAGCUAACCACAUAGAUGUUCAGAGGUUAAGCUUGAAACUCAAUUCGUUGGCUGGAAUGUACAGGAUCAAUUUGGAUACAUUCAACCACGUAGAUUUUCUGUUUGGAAAACGUGCAGAAGAGUUAGUCUAUGAACCUAUUCUCGAAGUUAUCGGCAAUCAUACCGAGUAUAAUGAAGAAGCAUUUGGAUAAUUACAUAUAGAUAACAGCAUGUAACAGUAUGUAUUGACGCCACCUUCAUAAAAAAAAUAUUUGAUUUAGGUAGACUUAUUUUUAUUCUGGUAUCUGGAACAGCUGUGAACAAGAACAUAACAGUGACGAAUUCGAAAGUCAUUAUCAAAAAAUUAUGAUUUUAAUCAUGAGUCAUAAUUUUAGAUUGAACCUGACGAAAAAAUAUGUAUUUUCUUUCUGUCCAUAAAAAGUAAUGUCCCUGAAAUGUAAAAAUCUCCACACUCCAACAGGUUGAGUUGGGUUGGGAAAUAUUAACUAACAAAGGGCUAUCUAUACGCG